AUGGCGGUAUUUUCCCAUAACCUUGAGUCUCUACCUCAAAGCUACACCAACACAACCUUGACCAAGAACGUGGAGGCCGGAGUGAUCGCCCUUCAGCGCUGUGACUCAAGCCCUGGCACCCCCGAGGCCCUCACCCCCGAGGCCCUCACCCCCGAGGCCCUCACCCCCGAGGCCCUCACCCCCGAGGCCCUCACCCCCGAGGCCCUCACCCCCGAGGCCCUCACCCCCGAGGCCCUCACCCCCGAGGCCCUCACUCCCGAGGCCCUCACCCCCGAGGCCCUCACUCCCGAGGCCCUCACCCCCGAGGCCCUCACCCCCGAGGCCCUCACCCCCGAGGCCCUCACUCCCGAGGCCCUCACCCCCGAGGCCCUCACCCCCGAGGCCCUCACCCCCGAGGCCCUCACCCCCGAGGCCCUCACUCCCGAGGCCCUCACCCCCGAGGCCCUCACCCCCGAGGCCCUCAUGAUGGUGAGGAGAUGA